UCGCCAGGACUCUGGUCCUCCACUAUCCCGGCGUGCUUCAGCUGCGAAUAAUCAUGGCGGCAUUUCGGGAGGAUGCAGGAGAAGAUAAAGAGAACCGGGUGGUGGAACUGGGUGCUACCCUGAGUUUGGAAAUCUUGCAGAUUAUCAAGGACUCUCAGCAACAGCAUGGUCUACGACAUGAAGACUACCAGAGAUACAGGGGCUACUGUUCGCGCAGACUUCGCCGUCUCAGGAAGGCGCUUGGCUUUAAAAUGGGAAACCGUCACAAGUUCGUAGGCAAGAAGGUCACAGUGGAGAUUCUGUCAGACAGCAGGUAUUUGCUGCUGGUUCUAAUGGAUGCAGAAAGAGCUUGGAGCUAUGCCAUGCAGCUGAAACAAGAAGCAAACACUGAACCUCGCAAACGCUUUCAUUUGUUCUCUCGACUCAGGAAAGCUGUCAAACACGCAGAAGAGCUGGAACACCUGUGUGAUAGCAAUUGUGUUGAUGCCAAAACAAAAUUAGAAGCUCAGGCAUACACUGCCUAUCUUAAAGGCAUGUUGAGUUUUGAAUUGCAAGAAUGGAAAGGUGCUAUGGAGGCAUUACACAAAUGCAAAACAAUCUACGAGAAGCUUGCCAGUGCAUUCACAGAUGAACAGGCAGUGUUAUACCGUCAACGAGUGGAGGAAAUCUCGCCGAACAUCCGUUACUGUGACUAUAACAUAGGUGACCAGACUGCAAUAAAGGAGCUGAUUCAGAUGCGCAUGAAAUCAGGAGAAAGUGGUGGACUAUUGGAUACUCUCCUAACGCAGACCAGAGCCAAGCAUGCCGCCUCUAUGAGCGAAGUGAAAUGGAGGGGCCGGGUCAUCCCAGUGAAAAUCGAUAAAGUGCGCAUCUUCCUUCUUGGACUAGCAGACAAUGAAGCAGCAAUUGCACAGACGACAACAGAUGAGGCCAAGGAGCGACUGUACGAGAGCUUGUUGAGUGAGUGCCGUGAUGCCAUUCAGGCAGUUCGUGAGGAGCUGAGGAUUGAUCCGACACAGAAGCAGCGGGAGCGAUCUCUAGAGCUUGACCCGGGAAAGGUGUCUGGCCUACAAUAUCUCCACAGCUACCUUGCAUACAUUAAGCUUUCCACGGCAAUAAAACGCAAUGUUAUCAUGGCUGAAGCCUUGCAGAAGCAGCUGAAUGACCCAACACAAGAUGAUGGGAAACGUGUGUUGCGGCCACAAGACUUGAUCCGACUCUAUGACAUUAUCCUGCAGAAUCUUUCAGAACUGCCACAACUAUCAGGGCUGGAAGACGAUAAAGAUUUCCAAGCAGAAGUGGAGCUGAAGACUUCAGUUUACAAGGCAUACAGGUGUUUUUUCAUUGCUCAGUCCUAUGUGCUGGUAAAAAAGUGGAGUGAAGCCCUGGUUCUAUAUGAGCGAGUCCUUAAAUACACCAGUGAAGCACAGACCCAAACUGCAAAAUUGACAAUUAUUUUACAGGAUCUUCCUGACGUGAGAGAACUAGCUGCCCGAGUUAAUGCUGAGAAAUACUCUGUGCAAGCAGCUGCUAUUUUAGACAUUGAAGACGUUGGAGAGAUGGUAUCACAGCUUCAGGUGAAAGACGAGAAGCCCCUCAGAGAGUGUUUGGAUGUAUUCUGCAUCAAUCCCUCUCUGGUCACCAAACAUGCCAACUUAGUGUGCUUCCCACCAGAGUUCCAGCCCAUUCCCUGCAAGCCCCUCUUCUUUGACCUGGCUCUGAACCAUGCUGCAUUCCCACCUUUAGAGGAUAAAGUGGAACAGAAAGGGCGAGGAGGCCUCACAGGCUACAUCAAAGGUUUCUUUGGCUUCCGUGGCUGAAGUUUGGAUUGAACACCUGUUGAAUGACAUUUGUUGCAUCUUUCAAAGCAGUUUUAAUGGUUCAAAAUGAAAACAGAAACAGAGAACACAAUAGACUGAACUGAACGCUGGUGCUAGCCUCAAGAUCCUGGAAUCAACCCUGUCUCAUUAUCUGCAGCGCUGAAUGGACCUCGUUCCUCAAACAUGUGUGUGUGUAUGAGUUAUAGGGUCAAUUACUGACAGAACGAUCAUAAAAGUACAAAUGUACAGGCUCUUCAAACUGUUUUUUAAAAAUAUGGCUCAAUUGCUCAAAUACGAUUUAAAUUGCUGUUUUCUUCAAUAAUGCUUCACCAAACCAGCAAAGUCCAAAAAAUUAUCUUAUUCUUGCCUUUAUCUGUCAACCCAAUUAUGGGUGUUGGCCAGGACCAGUAGAAUUUCACAAAUGCUCUCAUAAAUUACAGCAGCCACCUGAUAUUUGUUUGUUUGAUUUCUUUAAAAUUAGCUGAUAAAAGAGUGAUUUAGCACCAAAACACCCACAUGUCAGGGAGACACAUUUUUUAAAAUGUUGCUUUAGUUCUUUUCUUCCUCCUCCUCCUUUCCCUGCCCCAGUAUCACCUUACAACUUAAUUUGUUGUUCCACAGAUAUUUUGACGCAUCUUCUGUCUUUCAAAGUAUACCGUUGUUCAGUUAUUCUGUUGCUGACUUUGUUGGUGUUAGACUCCUGCUAAAUUGGAAGAGUGAAGAUUCUGGUUUUCAUUGUUCCAUCCUUGUAUAAGACUAGGGCCAGAACAGCUCUCCAAGUUUUUCUGUCAUGUUGAGCAGGACCCAAUGAAAAGAGUCACCGGAAAAAUCUGAAACACACCAAUUCCUAGGUUAGCUGAUCAGAUACCAGCCUGCAAGCCCCAAAUGUGUUGCUCUGUACUUGAUCCUGCAGCCACUGUGUACAUACGAGGUGGGCGUUAGGUGUUUGCAGGAGUGAAGUUGUUCAUCAAUAACGCCAACACACUAGUUUAACGUCAUUGUGCAGUUCUUUAAAUGGUUCAUGAUGGUAACAGAUGGGGGAACAACACAGAAAGCCAGUUUAAGUCUUGGGCUAAGUUCAGUCAGAUGCGAGCUGGAAUAAUGCUAUCUCAGCACUUCAAAGUAACUUGUGCCACUGAAGAGUUUGCUAACUAUUUAAGUUGAUGAAUUCCAGUCCAUUCUGGAAGUAUACAUUGAAUGGUAAAUAAUAUUUUGUUUUUUAAAGUGUUAAACCAGGCACAAAAAACAAACAAGUAGAGGAGAUUGGUCUGUACUAAUAAUCCUGUUUGUCCAAAUGAACUGGAAUUAAAAUAUCCAAAGAGCUGAGCUGUUAAACCCUGGGCCAUUCCCAUUGUACUUUCGCUAACCUUGGCCAGAGUUAUUAUCAUUGGUUUAAAUUAGAAAAUUAAAGUUUUGUUUUGAAAGCCCUGAAAUAAACUCUUUACAAAAAA